AUGUCGUUGUCGUCCAACACCAACACCGCCAACACCGCCAACACCGCCAACACCGCCAACAACACCAACACCGCCAACACCGCCAACAACACCAACACCGCCAACACCGCCAACACCGCCAACAACACUAACAACAUCUUCAGUCCUCAUCGGCCAAAGAGAUCCAAACACAACCACAACAACAACUGUUACGAGUUGUGUCACCAGUGCCACAACAAACUAGAUAAUGAUAAUGACCAUGAUCAUCAAUCGGAACCUGUAGUACUGACCAGUCCAGGUCUGGCCAUUGAUGGUACGCACGACGAAGCCAUCGAUGCUAGACCUCAACAUCGUAUCAGCGGAUUUGCUGUUCACGACAUCGGUCGCCGAUACUGUUGGUUCGAUGAUAAACCAAUUGACCAGUUGUUCAUCUGCGGCUAUAUUCAGCCGAUUGUUGCCGACAAUGAUGAUGAUGAUGAUCAUAGCGGUGGCGCCGAUGAUGGCAAAGUUGAUACAAGAUUUAAGGCACAAAUGAUCGGUCCGCUGCAGGAGUGGUGGUUCGCCGGCUUUGACGGCGGUCACCAAUUGGUAAUUGGCGUCGAAAGCGAAUUUGCUUCGUAUAUCUUAAGCAAACCCGACAAUUAUUUUGAACCGAUUUACAGCAAACGUACGACUAAUAUAUUGGUCACCAAAUUGAUAAUCGAGUCGCUGCUUGAAUGUCCCGAUUAUAACUACGAAGAUCUCAUACAAUGUGUUCAACAAAAAUCUGAUAAUUUUAGUGAAGAAGUUUUGCUACAUUUUGCACCGUUUGUUGUCCAACAGAUCAGAAGUUUUGAUUCCGCUGCCGAUGACGACGAAACACUUCUGAUGGAAACCACUGCCAUUCAGACGUUUAUCGAAUUAUCGGGCGUUAGUCUGACUGACGGCCAAUCGGGUAGCGGACAAAACUUGCCUAAUAUGAGACCAAUUGCCCGACAAGACAGUCGCCGACUGGUCAACAGCGAUAGUCUAACCUGUAGUACACCACUUGUGACCAAAUUUUUCGACAAUAUCUUCAAAGAAGUUAUUGAAUGCGAUUCGCGACAAUCAGACAAACAAAAACAACAAUACAAAACAGCCACUAGUUGUGCGAAAUUGAUCUCAAAAAAUACAAUGAAUUCGACGAAAAAUGUGAAGACAUCGUGGAUCGGAUCAGCUGUCUAUGAGGACAGAUACGCCCGAACUCAGUAUUAUAGUGGUCUGAAAGUAAACGAUGAAACGUAUCGUUUAAAGGAUUGUGUUGUCGUUAAACUAAUUGAUGAAUCGGUAAAAUUAGGACGACUUAUGUUUAUGUAUAGCACUGGUCACAAACAAAACUUGUGUCACAUUCACUGUUUAUGGUCCGGAAAGCAAACAAUUCUUGGCGAAACAGCACCCGAUUGGAUGCUAUUCUUAUCAAACGAAUGUCUGGAUGUACCAGUGAUGGCGAUCAAAGAUAAAAUAUUAGUAAAAUUUAACUAUCAAUUGGAUUUGAUUGAUGAAAAACCGGAUUUCGAUGGCUAUGUUUGCAACAAAAUAUAUUAUAGAGAAACAGGCGGUUUUCAGGAUCUACCGCCGGAAGUGUUUGACGAUGAAGUCAAAUGUGUUAACUGUUUGCUUAAAGAUAAUCACGAUAGACAACAAACUGUUCAAUUGGAUAAUGAAAUAGUGGUAAAUGUUGUGACUACUGAUGAUACCGAUAAUAAUAAUGAGUCAAAUUGUCGUCGAAGAUAUGAUAAAAUUAUCUAUAAAACUGAAACCUAUCGGAUCGGUGACUGCGCUUUCAUUGCUGAUAAUCACUUAACUGAAUAUAAAUACGGCAUAACUGAUGAUAAUGGAGAAGAAGAAGAACAACAACAAGAAGAUGAUGACACCUUUGAUGAUCAACUAUAUCCCGAACGAUACAGAAAAGCGUUUACCGAUUACGCCAAAGGUUACGAUACAGAUCUGCCAAAGUUAUCGCAAAUCGUUUAUAUCAGUGAUAUUUACAAACAAACAGCGGAUGAAUCCGAUGAUGAAAUCAAACUAUUGGUUCAUAUAUUUUAUAGACCGCACAAUAUAUUUGCCAAUUACACGGAUUAUCUAAAAUGUGAUCUUAAUGUUGUCUAUUGGUGUGACCAGCAAACAGUGGUUACUGUUAGGUCACUUUGCGGUAAUUGUCGAGUUGUAUAUUCAGGGGAAUCAUUGAAAACUGAUUUUUUUAUCGAAACAAAAUUAUUUUAUUUUAAUCAACGCUACGAUCCGAUAACCAAUUUAUUGGAUAAACCCAGCGAUGAUAUUAUUGAAAAGUUUUCCCACAAUUAUCAUACAAUUACUAAUAAUAAUUUGGAAACCAAUUUAACAGCUAAUAAACUAAAUAUUUUGGAUCUGUUUGCCGGCUGUGGCGGCCUAUCGUACGGUUUCCAUAGACUGGGAUUAGUUUCAAAGUUAUGGGCCAUUGAAAAGGAUAGUUCAGCCAUCAAAUCGUUUAGGACUAACUAUAAGACAUCCAUUGUUUUCGAAGAAGAUGUCAAUCAUUUUUUAGAUCAACUACUAACUGGUAGAAAAUGUGACAAAAAUGGCCAAUUGUUACCCCAGAAAGGAAACGUCGAUCUAAUACUAGGAGGUCCUCCGUGUCAGGGCUUCUCCGGUAUGAAUCGUUUUUCUUCACGUCAUUAUUCGCUAUUCAAGAAUUCAUUAAUUGUUUCGUUUCUAUCGUUUGUUGACUAUUAUCGACCGAAAUAUGUCUUAUUUGAAAACGUACGCAAUUUUGCAUUAUUCAAGAAUUCAAUGAUUAUGAAACUAAUGAUGUCGUGUCUGAUCCGAAUGGACUAUCAGUGUCAGUCAGCUAUACUUCAAUGCGGAUCCUAUGGUCUACCGCAGACAAGGCGUCGUACAAUCUUAAUGGCCGCUUCCAGUGGCCAUCCGUUACCACAUUUUCCUAAACCGACUCACGCUUUCUCCAAACGACAGUGUCAACUAUCCGUAACAGUUGAUAAUAAGAGAUACGCUGCACAUCAAGAUGACCAAUGUUUGCCAAUCUAUAGGACUAUUACUGUCGAAGAUUCAAUCAGUGAUUUACCUGAUUUGAUUGCCACAGAGUGUACUGUUGAUAAAAUUUUAAACUAUAACUGUUUAGAUAAACCUAUAUUACAUUAUCAAUCAAUUAUGCGAAACAAUGUUAUCGAUAAUACAUUGAGAGAUCAUUAUUGCAAAGAAAUUAGUCAAUUAAGUCGAUUGAGAAUCGAGAAUAUUCCUCAUCGGUUUGGCAGCGAUUGGAGAGAUUUGCCUAAUAUUAGCGUAAUAUUAGAUAAUGGUUUGGUUAUCGAAAAACUUCAAUAUUUAUACGAAGAUAUCAAGAAUGGUAGAUCUAGUUCUGGUAAUUGUCGCGGUGUUUGCCAGUGUUCCGCAGGAUUGCCGUGUAAUUCAAUUGAAUCCAAACAGGACAACACAUUGAUACCGUGGUGUCUGGUUCAUACAGCCAAUCGACAGUAUCAAUGGUCCGGGCUGUACGGCCGGCUAACCUAUCGGGGCUAUUUUGCUACCACAGUAACCAAUCCGGAACCUAUAUCAAAACAGGGACGUGUUUUGCAUCCGAAUCGCAACCGAAUUAUAACUAUCAGAGAGUCGGCCCGUUCUCAAGGAUUUCCCGAUAGUUUUGUUUUUGUCGGUACUGUUGGCGACAAAUAUAGACAAAUAGGUAAUGCCGUUCCCGUACCGCUAUCCAUAGCUCUGGCCAAACAAUUUUGUUUUCAAUCAAAUCAAUCUUAAUUCAAAUA